CAAUAGCCACGAAUUGGUUAACAAGCUUCAAAUGAAAUUAGUGACUUAUUUGUUGUGGGCAGCUCUGUUUGCUUGUUCAACUAUCGCUGAUAAUUCAAUUCAAACAAGUGUCGUUGGUUGUAAUAUUAAUGCUAUUAGCUCCCUGGAAGGUUUCAACGGUGUGUUCUAUCAAUUCGCUGAUAUUGCUACGAGCGUAUACUCGGAUCCAAGUUUCUAUGCACAGGGCUAUAGGACUGGUAGCGUUGUCGGUACAGCCUCUGAUAUCACUAACAUAAAUUUUAGCGUUCCGGGAGGUGAACGUAAUCUAUUUGGUGUCAAUGUAGAUACGUCUAGUUUUGCAAUCGAAUUCACUGGAUACUUCAAAGCUGAAAAGGAUGGUAUUUACGCAUUUGAUAUGUCAAAAGUUGACGAUGGCGCUAUGGUCUUUAUUGGUGACGCUGCUUAUGACUGCUGCAAACCAGGUGAAAUUCCAACUGGAAGCGCAGACACUGCGGCACUGUUUUCUUACAAAGCUUGGGAUGCACCAUCUGAUGCAUCUUACGUUUGGAUUUAUUUUGAAGCUGGUUCUUACUAUCCAAUCAGAAUUGUAUAUGCUAAUGUGAUUAGUGCUGGUGGUAUUGACUUGUCGGUAACAGCUCCAGGUGACUCCAGCGCCGUGAACAUUGGUGCAUUGGUAUAUCAGCUAGUCAAUGACGAUUCAGUCAAUAAAUGUGUUGCUACAACAAUUACUACUACCUUUCAGUCAUCAACGACUUUUAUCUAUAGUAAGGAUGUUGCCACGACUGUCACAAUUCCUCAAACUAUCACUGUUGCUGGUACCACUACUGUUGUUAUUGAAAAGCAAGUUUACUUCACAUCAUAUGAUAAGAUUUAUACCAGUUACAUUUCAGGCUCUUCUUAUUACACAUCAUCGUACGUGUCUACUAUUGUAGACAAUGGUAAUACACUUCCAGCUGAAGUUAUUGUCAUUGGGGUUCCCUUACUAUCAACAACCUCACUUUACACAAAUGUGCAAGCAACAAAAACUUUAACAUCUCAAAUUGUUGUGACAGGUGUUUCCGAGAUUUACACAAGUAGCGUCAUUGUCGUGGAAGAGCCAAACUUACAGUACACAUAUAUUCCAACAAAAGUCAACACUUUAUACACUACAACAUCUGCCUUUACUACAGCUGUAAAAGGUAAGCCUAUUAUAACUUCAGAUAUUGUUGUUGUUGGCCCAAGCGUUGAAACUUUGACUACAUUCUAUAACGGAGCUCAUACAUCUACAUUCAUGACAACCAGCGUCAUAGUCCAUGAUGGUAAAACGUCAACUUCUCGUGGUUAUGUUGUUGAAUAUCCCCGUGGUACUUCCACCGAAGUAUGGGGCACACCAACUACUUCUCAAUAUACAACAACUGUUACAUUAACGAAAGACGGCGUGAUGCAAACCUCUGCAUAUAUCGUCAAAUUGGUCCCAUCGUACAGUUAUGUCUAUAGCAGUGGAACCGACACUGUUGCACAUACAAAAAGUUUUACAAGGACAAAAGUUGAAAAUGGUAUUACAAGUCAAUAUGUUGAAAUCGAUAUUGUUUAUCCUACACCAUAUACUAGUAUCUCUGUUGGUACUGUUGGAUCCACCUACACUACCACCCAAAAUGGCCACACUUAUGUUGUUGUUGAAGAAACGGACUUUCCUACAACCACUUCGUUUUGGAAUAAAAAUUAUGUUACAACUACAUUUUCUCCUGUUGUUACCGGCACUUCCACAGGCUGGGAAUGGGAAAUCAUUUAUCCAACUCCAAGUACCACGGUAUAUGAGUGGAGCGGAGUAUAUACAAAAACAGAAACCAGUACACUCUACUACCAAGAAACUUUAGUCACAGGUUUCGAAGUAGUAAACUACGUACCUUCCUAUGCACAGUCUGUAUCUCUUUGGACUGGAACCGGAUAUUCCACUGCAACAGAAACAGGGGUUUUUACAAAUCGGUUUGGUAUCGUCUCCACAUCUACUUACAAAGUGGUUUAUAGGCCAUCUUCAAUGAUUGAAACAACCAGUACUUGGAAAAGACCACAAACAUCCACUAUUCUCACCGAAACUACACUAACCGGGCGAGAUGGUUUCCCAAUUACUACUACUGAGGAAAUUAUCAUUGUUCCUGAUACUUCUGUCAUUUACUCUUGGUCCACUUCGGAGGUUUAUGGAGGCUGCACUGGAUCAGGCACGACCACCUCAUACAAAACGACCACAGUACAUGGUACCAUAACCACUGUUGGCGUUGAGAUUGUGAGUGGCCCAGGCGCUUCAUGUUAUGCCCCACCACCCACCACCUACUAUACUACAUUCACCCAACCUGCUUCUAAUUGUUAUUCACAUGAAACAACAUCGACUUUUUCAACUAUGGGAUCAGAUUACGCAAUCACGGAGACCGUUCAAGUAAUUGUUGAAACUCCUCCACCUGCAUGUUAUGCAGUUACAACUAUACAUACCACUGUUCCUGCUGCAGAUUGUUGGUUAACAACUACCACCUCCACUACACAGGUAACUGCCUCAAAUUAUGCUGUGACCACAAUUGUCAGUGUUAUCGUCAGCACACCGGGCCCGUCUUGUACCACUUUUGUGACAACCACUGUUCCCGCAACGGACUGUGUACUAGCCACUGCCUGUGGGUUUUGUUGCUGA